AUGGCAGACUCCAACAUCCCGAACGUCAACGAGAAGGAAGAUUCAACACCUCCACCGCCUGCAUCAAGCUAUCCAACUCGAGGUCGUAAUGGAGAAUACCAGUUUACCCUCCACACAGCAGACUUCAAUCUAAUCUCUCACAUCGGUCUCGGAGUCCUUUUCAUGAUACUUUCCACUGGCAUCGCAACCUACUUCCUCAGCUUCGGACGCACGAACUAUUUGGCCUUCGUCAUCUGGCUAUUGAAUCUCGCGCUACAGUAUAUCCUGAUUCUUAUCCAGCCUUUCCGUGAACUGAACAAUAGCUUGCGACCAUUGUGUACCUUCCAAAUGGUUUCACUCGUUAGCUAUUUCGUUACAACGGUACUUUGGUUCUUAGUUAUGGUGAAUUCGAAGGGUAACGCCUAA